AUGUGGGCGCCGGGCGGCCCUCCCGCGGGCUGGGACCGGCGCAGGGUGGGCGCACGGCUGCGCGCGGCGCUCGCGGCGCACGAGCUGCAGGGGCUGCGCGCCACGCAGCAGGCGCGCGCGGGCGCCCUGGCCGCGCAGCCCGCCGGGCCCGCCGCCCCGCGGCCCCGCGCGCAGGAGCUGCGGCUGGAGGCGGCGCUGGCGGCGCUGCAGGAGCAGCUGGCCCGGCUGCGGCAGCAGGACGUCGGCCUGGGGACCCACCUGGACCAGCUGGGCCAGCAGAUCAGCCGGCUGCAGCUGGACGUGGGCACUGCCCCUGGCGAGGCCCUGGACAGCGACAGCCGGCCCAGCUCAGGCUUCUACGAGCUGAGUGACGGCGGCUCCUGCUCCCUGUCCACCUCCUGCGCCUCCGUCUGCAGCGACCGUGUGUCCCCCUCCCUGGGCACGCUGCUGCCCGCGGCCCAGCCCGCCUCGGCCAGGCCCUGCGUGGGGGACUGGCGGCCCCGGUCGGCGGACGAGACCUCCGUGUCGGUGUGGAGGCCCCAGGCCGCCGAGGACGGCAGCGGGCCCCUGGGCACGGCGGGGGGCACAGGCCAGCCGUGGGGCAUGUUCCGGCCCCGGCCGGUGUCCACAGGUGACCUGGACCGAGCCCAGCCAGCGGGCGCGGGGCUGCAGAAGGCCGGCACGGACCCCCAGGCGCCACCGGCCCCCCGCCCGGGCACCGACGCCCCGCCCCGCACGCCCGACCCCCACUUCCAGCGGGACCUGGUGUGGCAGGGGGGCAGGGAGGUGUACCCGUACCCCAGCCCCCUGCACGCGGUGGCCCUGCAGAGCCCCCUGUUUGCGCUGGCCCCCGAGAGCCUGCGCAGCGACGGCCCCUCGCCCCCGGGGAAGCCCCUCCAGGGCCCCACGGGUGCCUGCACCGUGCGGACCGGGCCCGUCCCGGAGGCCGGCACGGCCAGAGCCUACAUCGACAGGCUGCUGCGCCUGCGGGGCUGCGGGACCCCCCCAAGGGGCGGUGUGGGGGAGCAGGGCCCCCCGCGGCGGGAGGUGUCCCCAUCCCCACGGGAGCCGGGGGGCGGCGUGAGGAUGGACAGGGAAGGUUGGCUCCAGAGGCUGGUCUCGGGCCCAGGGAGGGCGGCCAGUGGGGACAGCCCCCCGCAGCAGGGACCCGCACCCCUCGUGGGCACCCGGCACCCCUGCAGCCCCCCCGAGGAGGGGCCCAGGCCCUGCAGUCGCCGUGUCCUGGGGGAGGCCGCUGGGAGCCCCCCGCCCGGCCCCCAGGCCUGGCAGCGUCCCCCGGCCGUGUGGCCAUCCCAGCAGGUAGACCCGAGCCGCCCUCUGGCCUCGGUGCCCCUCCCUGCCAGGGAGGCUUCCCCGCCCAGGCCAGACUCGGGCCAGCCCAAGACAAAGGCCGCGAAGGUCAGGAGAAGGUCUGGUGACAAGGUGCCGAGGUCCGGGAAGCAGGUGGCCCCGGCACCAGAGAGGCAGUGGGGUGCCCACGCGGCUCCCUGGCUCCCCCCAGAAUGGGGCCCUCCCCGCCGGGCCCAGGCGCUGGGCGGGCUCAGGAGGCCCCCCCAGGCCAGGGAGGCGCCCGGGCGCUCCUGCUCAGAGUCCACCCUCUACCCGGUGCCCGUGCUCCUGCCGCUGGUGGUGGCCCCCGGGGAGAGGUGCGGCGCGGCCCACGCCCUGUUCCCCCUGGCGGCUGCCCCUCUGGGCGGGGCGGCCCGGGGGAGGCAGCGCAGGUGGCAGUCCACCGUGGAGAUCUCAGCUGGGGCCAGCCCCGCCCGCGGUCCCCAGCCCAGCCCCGGCACGCCCAGGCCGGCCACCCGGAGAGCAGGCGGCCCCUGGGCCCAGGGCAGGCCCUCGCUGGCCCGUCAGGACGCCCGGGCCGGGAGCGAGUCGGACCCCUCCGAGCACUCCGCGGACUGCGCCUCCCUCGCCCACUCCACCAUUGCGGAGACCAGCGGGGAGGAGGCCAGCGACCACACGGCCAACCGCUUCGGGGACCGGGAGUCCGGCGGCAGCGACUCUGAGAAUGGCGUCCAGAGCCGCGGCCGGGCGCGGGACUGCGGGGCGGCCGGGCGGGGGCAGUGGGCCUGGCCGCGGGCGGGACCCCCGGGGGGCUCGAGGCCACCCCUGCCCCCCGUGCCCAAGCUGUGCCGCGUGAAGGCCUCCCGGGCGCUGAAGAAGAAGAUCCGCAGGUUCCAGCCGGCCGCGCUGAAGGUCAUGACCCUGGUGUGAGCGGUGGGCACCGCUGGCGCCUGGCGGCAGGCUCUGGGCCACCCCAGGCCGCUCAGCAUGCAGAGGGGCUCGCGGGUCAGACGGCUGUGCCCGUGAGGACGGCCAGGAGCUCUGGGGGUGACUGUCCCCACCCCGGCGAGGACGUUUGCGGACAGCUUUGAAGUUUCGGAUGUUGUGAGCCACCCUGGCCGCCAUGCUGUCCUUCCAGCGUCCCCCAUGUCUCUGUCCUGGGCUGGGGUCCCACACGUGGCUCUCACCGUCUGUCCCCUUGACCGGCCUGUGUCCCCGUCUUUUCCCAUCAUCCCUCCCCUGAGAUCCUGCCCGGGCGGCAGUCGCAGGACUGCGCCAUGGACGUUGAACUUGAACCCGCGUUAGGCUCUCAGUGUGGAUAAACGCUCCGGUUAUGCCAUUACCUUCUGGAAUAAAAUGAACAUUUUUUAAAAAUUG